AUGAUGAUGGAUUUCCAGAAACAUCCUUCCCAUCCAAUAUAUCAUGCGCAUCCUUCGGCGAUCUUAGGCGCGUCCCACGAUCCUCGCCUCAUUGCUCCGCCGCCACCUCGUGCCUACGCACCACCACCACCGCCUCCAUCAGCACGCGUGUAUUACGAUGCGUAUAACCGACGCGAACACGAGAUGCCUCGAGCGGUGCCGGUAUAUCACUAUCCAACGACUGCUGCCCCAUCGAUGCCUGCUGCCUCCGCUUCAUAUGCCCACGAGAGUGUCUCGGCGCCAUAUCGACCAGAGAGCAACGGGUAUCACGUAUCACAGGCGAACCCUGGUUCGAUGAGGAAGCAUACGCUGGACGGAGGAUUAAAGGAGUCUAAUAAUCGUCAUAAUUAUAGUUAUAAUGUUAAUCAGCUCAACAACCAUGAUCGUCGUAUGGUGUAUCGUGAAGGAGGACCCCAAGAACAGCCCUCCGCACCACCCUUAGGCACUCGCCGGAUGCCUCCUCCGUCUCCACCACAGCAUUACCCCUCACGGGGCCAAUCGGGAAAUGCUUCUUCUCUUUCCACAGCUUUUUCGUCCCGUGAGCCUCCCAGCAACCCGGCUCAUCAUCGUCCUGGUAGCAGCAUGUCGAUAUCGGCAAUGCUUGGCUCGGACGCUGACCGUCCAGCCCGGGAUGUAGGCUCAUCAUCUAUCUUUUCGCGUAUUCCAGUGUCAUCCGCGCCGUUCAGCAGCGCGCCUCCGCCGUCGGCCCCCAGUGCAAUGUCGCCGCCCACCGCCCCAGCGAGACCCUCUCCGCUUGAGUACUCGUCCUUCCGGCGAUCCCACACGCCGGAGAAGUCGUUUUCGAAGGCCCCGCCGGGGAGGCCAUACCGAUCUAGCUCGGGUGGGAUGUCUCAGCCGUCCGUGGCGGAACAAACCAAAUUCGGAGGCCUGUCGCGCGUCCCGCCCUCGUCGCAGUAUCCCGAUAAGCCCAGUUCCGCGCAUCAUUCGCCCCAAGUGUCGUCCGCCGAGCCUCCAUACAACGAGACGCGUCGAUUCAGCUUCAGCGCACCCGCUCCUCGACCGAACAGCCAGCCCCAGCACCUCGAGGCGCCUCAGCGACCGGCAGGGUAUAGUCCACUUGCACGAUCGGCGGCUGCACCGGGCAGUGGGGAGGGCUUUGGAGGAGCGCACCAGCGGCAAGCGUCAUACAUGGGCCAGGAGUCUCAGCACAGCCGGUUUGGAGGAAUAUAUGUGGAUCGUCACAUGGAAGAACAAGCGCACCGAGAACGAGAGAGAGCCAUUGCACACGACCAAGAGUCCAAGGCGACACACUCUCAAUCGCGGUAUGGUCCGUACGGGGAACGGGACCCGGCAGCCUCCCGGCAGCAGACGGCAGCGACGUGGGAGCUUGGUCGCUCGCAGCCACCGUCACCGGAAGCGAAGCGUUUCCCCGCCCCUGAGUCAGGCUCCGGAUUCGGGUUCGGCGCAAUUCAAAGCUACACUAAAUCUUUGGGCUCUCAAUUGGGAGGCUCACGACAACCUCCCCUGUCGAUCCAGCCCCGCCAGGGUCAACCCACGCCUCCUCCCCCUCAUGAGCAGCAGCCAUAUCUGAGCAAACUUCAAACCGAACAGCGUCUAUUUAGCUCGACCCCGUCCGCUGGCCCGUCAUCUUUGGCUCGUUCCGCUUCAUCAGAUGACCAACGGCGGAAGGGUAGCGAUGAGUUGCUCCAGCACAGAACCCUUCUAGGGGUCGGUCUCGACGCCAAACGAGCCGGCGAGGCCGGGAUCAAGAGCGAACUGGGUCGAGUCUUCUCCGGGAUUGGCAGCGGUGUGGGCGGCGUGACCGCCACCACCGGCAGCGGCCCCUCCACCCCAAUGGUUGCCAGCCCUUUCAAGCGCGACAGCGUCACUGCGAAGUCAGCCAAUAGCGAGCCAACUACGGAUGAGACCCGGAUCGGUCGACCCACGUCGGCAAAUGGCAAAAGACCAAGGAAGUCCCGGGACGACGAUGGUAGAGCGGAGACUGAGGCCGGUACAGAUGCACGGCUGGCUGCCUCGGCGCGUGGUAGUCGUCGGGGUCGUCACGUUCACCAUCACCAUCAUCAUCAUCACCAUCAUCGCCAUAAGCCCGACGAAGAAACAGGCGCCCUGGGCGCCCAUCGUGCCGUCGCUUCACUGAAUUACUUCCAGCGGGCUUCAACGCAGGCCGAUGCAGCGACGACGCCUAUGGGCCAUCAUCACCAUCACCAUCACCAUCACCCUCACCACCAUCAUACGCCACGCCCUGCUACAGCCAACCCGCCGGCGGUGACGCCGAUGCGUGAACCCAGGACCGUGGUCAAUAUUGAACCCGUUUUGUCGAGCGUGGCCCAUCUCCCGCGCCAUCAUCUCGGGUCAACCUUAUACGCUCCCCGCCUUGGCGUCCCUACAGAGAAGGCGACCCUGGAGAGUGCCAAGUUUGGCUACACAACCACUCCGCUUCCCCUCCCACGUUUUGAAGGCAAGGAAAAUUGCACCUUUACCAUCCGAGUCCCGCGUUUCCGCAUUGACUCCAGCCAUCGCGAGGAGAUUUGCGCUCGGCGUGCGCUCUGGGGUACCGGCAUCUACACCGACGACUCGGAUCCUGUUGCGGCGGCCAUUCAUUCGGGAUUCAUGCGCGGAGCGUGGGGUGAGGAUAUCGACGCCGACAUGCUUGACUUGGAAAUCAAGGAUGCCUAUCAACAUGCACCGAAGACGGCCCAAGAUGUUGGGCUGCCGGAAGGCGAUCGACCUCGCGUUCCGCCGGUUCCUCCGUCGGACAAGGACCUACAUAUUAUACUUCUCAUCCUUCCCCGGUUGGAACGGUAUGAUUCGAGCGUGCUGUUUGGCCUCAAGUCACGUCCCUGGGAUGGAACGCAUGAUGGGAUGAGCUUUAAAGUGCUACGGACUGAGUGGGUCGACGAGGGCGUUGGUCGCGGCGAGGAGCGUAGUGGAGAAGCACGGCGAAAACGGCUCCGCAACAUGAUGCAGACCGGUCGGAUCUGCACCGGUCCUGGCGUGUUGAAAUUGGAGCACCUCCGCAAUGGCAUUCAGAUCACGCGACAGAAGACGAAGGCCAUGGAGAGUCAAGAACCCCAGCCGGCUGCACCGGUCCAGACGGUAUCAUGA